AUCUCGAGUAUGCAACCUCUUAGAUAGAUGCAAAGGGUGGCUCCGAAGCAACAUAUAACUACAGGCAAUCCGAGGCACUGUAACGGACGGAGCAACAAACGAGCACGACACAGAUGUACAUCAGCAGAAGUCACUCGCAAGAAGCAACAGAUAACCAAAAAUUCGAUGGGUACGACAACUGGGAGUACGACGGGCCGGCCCCAAAUACGGAGGCUGCAGCUCGCACUCAAGGAUACGCUCACCCAUCAUCGUCUCGUCAGCCUGAUCUCCGCCUCAUACAUCUCACCGGCUUUCAAACCAGAAGGGUGGAUGGUGCUCCUAGAAAACUCAGUACCAGUGGCACCAAGUUGAGUACCGGAUUCCCCGGAUACUCUGAACCAUUAUGGUCCAUGACCACAAACUUGUGGUAGGAGCUCGCACAGCUCAUUUACUUUUACAGAUGUAGUAAAAGGUGUAGC